AUCUUUCCUUUUUUCAAUCUUUAUUAGCAAAAGCCUUGACUAUUUCUUUGACCAGGAAGACAUUAUAUGAAAAGCAAUUGUUUUUUUUAACCAUCUCUGCACCAUGACUUUGGAGUGAAGUCUGAAGUUAAUAUCAAUUGGACCCUGGAUUAUAUUUGCCUUUUGGAAAAUCGAAUUGCUAAACUCAUGGCACUGUAGAUUUGUUCUCCCUCUUGGAAGUCUUUCUUUAAACAGUCAAAAGAAUUGCUCAAACUGACAAGAAGCCAGCCAAUUACCACCAUGGGCAAGUUCAUCCCACCAGUGGUGGAAAGUUUUGUCGUUUGGGACUAUUUGGUCUUUGCUGCCCUUUUUCUGGUCUCUUCUGGCAUUGGGAUCUUUUUUGCAAUUAAGGAGCGGAAAAAAGCAAGCUCUGGGGAUUUCUUGGUUGGUGGUAGGCAGAUGACCUGUGGACCAGUGGCUCUGUCCCUCACUGCGAGUUUCAUGUCAGCCGUCACUGUGCUGGGAACCCCAGCUGAGGUCUAUCGCCAUGGAGCCUCUUUCCUUCUGUUUGCCAUAGCAUAUACUUUUGUCAUCAUUUCUACCUCAGAACUUUUUCUACCUGUUUUCUACAGAUCUGGGAUCACAAGCACUUAUGAGUACCUGGAGUUAAGAUUUAACAAGCCUGUUCGCAUGGCAGCAACCCUGAUUUACAUACUGCAAACGAAUAUAGUAAAUAGUGUAAUCUAUACAGAAGAUUAUAGAACAGAUUCAUGUCAGGGCUUUAGGAGUCAUCAAUGUUUUAAUUUAUUAGUCUGCUACUUAAACAAUGGCCAAUUAAUAGUUUUCAUGUUUUAUUUAUGUAGCUUUGAUUUUGACCCGCUGAGAAGACAUACAUUUUGGACAAUCUCAGUAGGAGGAACAUUUACUUGGCUGGGAAUUUAUGGAGUUAAUCAGUCCACAAUACAAAGAUGCAUUUCAUGUAAAACAGAAAAGCAUGCCAAACUUGCACUUUACCUUAAUUUGGUGGGAUUAUGGGCCAUCCUGGUGUGUGCAGUUCUCUGUGGAUUGGUGAUGUAUUCCUUUUUUAUGAGCUGUGAUCCUUGGACUGCAGAUUUCAUUUCAGCACCAGAUCAGUUAAUGCCAUAUUUUGUGAUGAUAAUAUUUUCAUCGGCUCCUGGACUUCCAGGCCUAUUUGUUGCAUGUGCAUUCAGUGGAACACUAAGCACUGUGGCUGCAAGUAUAAAUGCUCUGGCAACAGUAACAUUUGAAGAUUUUGUCAAGAACUUUUUUCCAAAACUGUCUAAUCGUGCAAGCACUUGGACCAGCAAAGGCUUAUGUAGGGCUUCACUUAGUAUUCAUGGAAUGUGUGGAGGACCUAUGCUGGGAUUAUUUACACUGGGAAUUAUUUUUCCUUGUACCAAUUGGAAAGGUGCCUUUGGUGGUCUUGCUACUGGAAUCACUUUGGCAUUUUGGGUCGCCAUUGGAGCUUUUGUGUAUCCUGCUCCACCAUCAAAAACUCUGCCACUCUACCUUUCAACCGCCGGAUGCAAUAGUACUGAUAUGGUUGUACCCAUAGUUCCUACUUUACCUCCUGAAAGGCCUUAUUUAGCAGAUUCCUGGUAUUCUUUGUCAUAUCUCUACUACAGUGCUGUUGGCUGUCUUGGAUGUAUAAUUGCAGGGCUACUGAUCAGUUUUGUGACAGGUCCUAAUAAAGGGAAAGAUAUUAAACCAAUAUUAAUUCGCCCAAUCUGCAAUCUAUUUUGUUUCUGGUCUCCUAAAUACAAAACGUUUUGCUGGUGUGGAGUGGAUCAUAACAAUAAAGAACUUCAAGAUGAAUUGAAAAUUGACUUUGAAACAAAGGCAGAUGCAAAUGAUGGGCUGAAGAAUGGAUGGACAAACAAUUUACCUGGUUAUAACCCCGAUGAGAAAUCCUACACUAAUACAAGCUUGACUGAAUCCUAUUUUUAGCACAAAUAGUAAAAAGAAGACAAAUAGUUGACAUAGAGAUUUCAUAAGAACAGAAGAAAACACACUUUAUUUAUGUCUGCUAAUUUGCUUAGAAGUCAUUUAUUUAUUAUUUAAUAGAGGGUCAUAUCUAUUCAGGUCAGUUUCAUAAUGGAUCAGGAAUGGUUUCUAAAACACUAGCGGUACUUUAAGGAGUAAAACUUUUUAAAAGAAUCCCACCAUCUUGUUCAUACCAUGGUUUGGAUUUUAAUGCUGCUCCCUUGGGGUUAAAACAGAGGUGGGUUCUUACUGGUUCAGACCAGGUAGUAACUCAACUGGCCAUGCC